AUGCUGACGACAGAAAACAAGCCCGCCACCAUCAUCUGCAUUGGUAUGGCAGGUUCUGGAAAGACGACCUUCAUGCAGAGACUUAAUGCACACCUUCAUCAGAAGAAGAAUCCACCAUACGUUCUUAAUCUAGAUCCUGCCGUCCUCAAGACCCCUUAUAGCCCCAAUAUUGACAUUCGUGAUUCUGUCAAUUACAAGAAGGUCAUGCAAGAGUAUGGGUUGGGUCCCAAUGGUGCAAUUGUCACAUCCCUUAACUUGUUCUCCACCAAAGUUGACCAGGUGAUCAAGCUCGUUGACUCUAAGGGAGAUAAGAUUAAAAACGUCAUCGUCGAUACUCCAGGUCAAAUUGAGUGUUUUGUUUGGUCUGCCUCUGGCGCUAUCAUCACGGAGUCUUUUGCAUCUACUUUCCCAACUGUCAUUGCCUAUAUUGUCGAUACCCCAAGAAACACAUCGCCCACCACUUUCAUGUCCAAUAUGUUGUACGCAUGCUCCAUUCUUUACAAGACAAAGUUGCCCAUGAUUGUUGUUUUCAACAAGACGGAUGUCAAAAAGGCCGACUUUGCUGUCGAAUGGAUGCAAGAUUUUGAGGCCUUCCAGAUGGCCAUGAUGAACAAUAAAGACAUGAAUGGCGAAGAUGGUUCGUCGUCAGGGUACAUGAGCAGUUUGGUCAACUCCAUGUCGCUCAUGUUGGAAGAGUUUUACUCCCAGUUGGACGUCGUGCCCUGUAGUGCAUUCACUGGAGAGGGCUUCGAUGGUUUCAUGGAUGCCGUGGACAAAAAAGUGGAUGAAUAUCAUGAGUUUUAUGAAGCCGAGAGAGACAGAAUCUUGAAAGAGAAGGAGGAAAAAGAGAAACAGAGAAAGACCGAGUCUUUGGACAAACUAAUGAAGGACAUGGAUAUCAAGAAGGGUGAAGGCGCCAAGGAUUCCGAAGUUCUCUCAGACCUCGAGGAUGAAGAUGACAACAAUGGAGAGGUUGACAGAGAUUCUGAGGACGAGGCUGAAAGGCAAUAUACCUUCCCAGAGGAUAGAAAUGCAGAGGUUAGCGAGAAAUCCGAGGCCGAAUUGCAGGCAAGAUACCAGGCUGCGUUUGAGGACACUGCCAAGGACGCAUCUUCCAAAACCGCAGAAAGCAUCGCCAACUACAUUAGGCAGUAA